UUCGUGAAAACGUUUCCAACCUACGAAACACCGAAACUACCCCUGGCUGGGCCGAAGAAUCCCAUGCCCCUACCCACCCAACCCAAUCAACAAGCGCGUAACCAACCAAACCAAUCCUCGUGAACCCACCACUUCUCUCUCUCAACCGCAUCUGGUUCCUUUGGCUCUUAACCCGAUCGCGAGCUCAAGCUAUAGCCCCAGAUCUAUUUUUAUUCCCCGGUGAUUUUUUUGCGUUUCGUCAUGACAUCUGAUCAACGCGACGUCGUUUUCUCCCUCGAAUCACCGGAUCUAGAAGAAGGAGCCGCUGGAGAUGGAGGAGAGUCCGAUACCGACGAGAAUGAUGACGUGGCGAUUCCCGAAACAAACGAAGAACCCGAAGACGACGAUCCGGAAGAGGAAGAUCUAACGGCCGUAACCGUAACCGUCUCCGCCUCCUCAACAGACGCCGUAACCGUCGCGCUCCCAGCCGGAUCCGCCGUCCCGGUCUCCGUGAUCCCCGUCGACUCCUCCGACCCGAAAUGGCACCGCGUGACGGAGAUCGUCCACCACCAGAGACCACUCCCGCCGCCGACGCCGAUCGACGACUCUCGCCGCCUCUUCCAGAGGCUCUGGACCGACGAGGACGAGAUCGAGCUCCUCCGCGGGUUCCUCGACUACGUGGCGACGCACAGAGGAGGGAACAGCUCGCACCCGCCCGAUACGGCGCCGUUUUACGAGAUGAUCAAGUCCAAGCUCCAGCUCGAGUUCAACAAGAACCAGCUCGUGGAGAAGCUGAGGCGGCUCAAGAAGAAGUACAGGAACGUGAUGAGCAAGAUUAGCUCUGGCAAGGAAGUGUUCUUCAAGAGCCCUCACGAUCAGUCUACCUUCGAGAUCUCGAGGAAGAUUUGGAAUCAGACUGGGAAGAUCAUUGGGUUUGAGGAUAACAAUGCGAUGGAUUUUGAGGAGACUAAUACUAAUGGUAACUACUUUAACAGCCCUGGUGGUUUGAAUCCGAGUAAUGUUGAGAUUGAUUCUGAGAACGGAGUUGAGAGGAGAUUGAUGAUGAGUAGUAGUAGCGGAGGAUCAAGAAAACGAUCAAGAUCGAGAAUAGGGAAGAUCGAGGAAGACAACAAACCUAUCAUCACUCCCUCUGAGGGGCAAACACCUAACGCAGCUAGCAAUGUGAACCUCAACGAGCCGGCGACAGCUGUUGUCGGAGGAAACAUUGGUGUUCUGAUUGAAGAGACUGUGAAGAACUGCGUUUCUCCUGUGAUCAAGGAGAUGAUGAACGGGACGACGAGUAUGAUGAUGGCUGCAAUGGGAGGUGGUGGUAAUGGUCAUGGCUUUGGCUCGUUUAGUCCCGUGUUUACACGGCCGUUAGGUUACGGCGUUGAAGGAGGGAACAAGGCGGUGAGUGAUGAGCGGUGGAGGAAGCAACAGAUUCUGGAGCUGGAAGUGUAUUCGAGGAGAUUAGAGCUGGUUCAAGAGCAGAUUAGAGCUACAUUGCAUGAGUUAAAGACCAUGCCGAGUGGUGUAUGAUGAUGAUGAUGAAACAAGAAGAGGGAAUAAUAAGACAAUAACCAGUUAGGUUGAUAUUUGAUAUGAGUUUAACCUUCUGGAGUGUGUGUGGUGAGUUAUUAUUAGUAUGAGAGAUUUUAAUAUUUUUCAAGUUAUAAAAUUUGCUUAAGGUAUUAUUAUUGUGAUGUUUCUCUAGGUUUGAUUUUUGUUUUCUUCUUUAAAUUAUUUGUCAAUAGGGAUGAAUCAUAGUGGGGGUUUGUGUAUAACCUUUGUAUUAGAUUUAUAGUUUUCUCGUAUAACCUUUGUUUCAUCAUGAUGCAGUUACUGAAGUGUAUUAUUAUUA